AACGAUCGUCUUUUGAGCGGAGAGCGCACUGCUCGUCGGCGUCGCGAAUAAGAAAUCCCCUUUCGGUGGUUAAUGUUUUGAAAAGCCAAGAGAUCCAAUUGGUGAAUCCGCAUCCACUGGAUGAUUAUUAUAUUUCCUUGAAAGUGCUGAAUAAGAUCCCGAAAUAGUGGCAAAUUUGUGAAAAUUGCGCAAAUGAAAAAACGCGUCUCUUGGCGUUUUGUUUCUGCUUCGCUUGCUGCGCCUGCGUGUGUGUGAGUUCGACGUUUUCAUUAAAGUGGUUUGUGCUGCAAUUUUAAAUACGCUCCGCGCACAAUGAACAGAUGCUACCACAGCGAUAGCACCAAAGUCCCCAAUAUGCCGCAGAAGCUCCCGAUGAGCAGUUGUCUGCGUUCUCCGGCGGUCUUCGUCCGUCAGAAAUCGUUUCACACGCUCAACGAGCUGACCAGGUUCUGUCAAUUGAAAGUCUCCCCACAUCGGGGAGGUGCCACCACCACGACUUCAUCACCGACAUCAUCAUCAUCGCCAGCAGCGGUGCAACAGCAACGUCGCCACAGCCACUAUGCCAUCGAUGACAACAUAUUGCCACAAGAUAAACGUGACGGGGAUACCGAUAGUGUCAGGCUGCGGGAAAGGCGGUAAAUCCGAGUGCCGGCAAUAACAACCAGGACAACUACCCCACCUACUAUCCGGCUCCAUUGCUGUCCACCAGUCGCUGGUCGGAGCAGCUGACGCAGCAUGCAACG